AUGGAUUCUAAGAAGUCUAACAAGAUCAGUGACAUUGUUAGGCUUCAACAGAUCCUCAAGAAGUGGAAAAAGCUCGCAAACGCCUCCAAGAACACCAACAGAAGUGGCAAUAGCAGCACAAGCAACUCCAGUUCAACUACCACCUCCAUGGGUAAUGGCAGCAAAAGCAUCAAGUUUCUAAAGAGAACUCUUUCCUUCUCGGACGUCUUGGCAUCGUCUAGUGAUGUUGUCCCCAAAGGCUUUUUGGCCGUCUCAGUGGGGAAAGAGCUGAAGAGAUUUGUGAUCCCGACUGAGCAUUUAAGACACCCCGCAUUCGGGUUACUUCUGCAAGAAGCAGAAGAAGAGUUUGGCUUCCAACAGGAAGGCGUACUCAAGAUUCCAUGUGAAGUCUCUGCUUUCGAGAUGAUCUUGAAGGCUGUCGAGGAAAAAAGAGACGUCACGUUCUUCUCCCAUGAAUAUGUAGAGAAAGAAGCCGUUAGCUGUGGCUCAUCCGAUUGUGAGCUCACACCUUCUCAUCACCCCCAAAUGUGCAGAUAACUUCUGCUUUCAUGUUUCUCUUACUUUCUUCUUUAUGUAUUUUGGUCCUCUGAGUGAUAUUACCUAUAAUUUUAAAGGUA